AUGGUAAGAAAGGAGGAAGAAAAAGUUUCAGAGGAGCCCCUAGCGUUUAAAAGAUGCCAACAUCCGAAGGAGAUUAGGGCGGGGCGGAAGACGAAACGAGAUAAGACCGUGUUGAAAAACGUUUAUUCGAAAGAGAAUGGACAGGUCCAGCUAACAAACAGCCUUAUUACCACAAGGCGUCGCAGAAAUUUGUUGAAUAUAUGGUUGGAUGCUCGAGGAAACGUAGAAGUCAACUCUUUUGAUAGAGUGGGUUGUGGUGAGGCUACUGCUAGUCGAUUCAACAAUGGUGCGGUCAUCGCCCCAGGCACUGUUAAUAUACCGAACUUUAAAGUGGGGUCACUGGAAAUUUAUCGCCGCUUCCCAUUAGUGUAUGACUAUCUCAUGCAGCACCACGAUUGUAGUGCCAUCGAGAUGUAUCUUCAUGAGGUCUUGACAGUUUUGCAGGAGAAGACCUUACCUACGGUGACUGCAGGUACACUCAACGUAAUGGACGGGUUCGAGAAUGGUCAGAAAUCAAAGAGCGUCACCAUUGCUGUGGCGGAUUUCGGAUGUGGCACCGGCCGCAUUAGCUGCAUGUUGUCUCGUCACAGUGCCGUUGGUGCAUUGUACUGUUAUGACAGCGAAGCAGCGAUGCUAGGUCCAUGUAUUGACAACGUGGUGCGCAGCAUAGCAAAAUCACGACUCGAUGUGCGCGAUAUUUGCAUUAUUCCCCACGGCGACUGUUCACUACCCACGAAAAGGGAUGAGUGCUUAUAUAUAGGCGAAGAGAGUAAUGGUAGUGAGGCUGCCACUGAUGCCCCUCGAAUCACAACAAUGAAACUGUGCGUGCGCCCGUACAGUUUUCAGAAUGUUCAACAAGGUGCCCUUAAGAAUCAUGCGCGUUGUCGUCUCAUUGUUUGUGCAUGGUCACUUUCAUAUGUUAUGCGUGCACACUGGGGCGCCGAUCGCUGGCAUACCGUAGUCGACGAGACCAUCAAUAGCCUUCUACAGCUGCUUGAAACUACAGCUGUAUCGCUUGCAAAUGAAGGCAAUGAAGUGACUGAGGACUCUGGCUCCUCAGCACUCAUCAUCAUUGAAACCUUAGGAACCAACACAACGGAGCCACGCCGACACAACACGCUGCUAGAACGGUUGGAGACGCAUCACGGCUUCCAGCGACGGUGGGUGCGCACAGAUUAUAACUUCCGUGAACCUACGGAAGCAGUACAACUUACUCGCUUCUUUUUCGGAGAAACCCUGGCGCAGCGUCUGUCUGAAUCUGGGAGUACCACACUGCCGGAAUGCACGGGUAUAUGGACUCGCUGGAGAAAAUAG